CCACACGCGGAAAACAUGAGGAAGAGGAAUAGCUUGGUCUUUCGCAUGGUGGAAUCUGAAGAGGAAUACGUGGAACAGCUACAGUUGAUGGUUUCCUGUUUCCUGAGGCCGUUCAAGAUGGCAGCCAGCUCGCAGAAACCACCUUGCACACACGACGAAGUCAAUUCCAUAUUCCUCAACAGUGAAACUGUGAUGUUCUUACAUCAAAUUUUCAUCAAAGGGUUGACCGCAAGGAUGGAGAGUUGGCCGACCUUGGUUUUAGGAGACCUGUUCGACAUGUUGCUGCCCAUGCUGACCAUCUAUCAGGAGUACGUGAGGAACCACCACUACAGCCUGCAGGUGCUCGCCGAGUGCAAGCAGCGGGAGAAGUUCGUCGCCAUCCUCAGGAGACUCGAGGAGAAGUCCAGCCUGCAGGGAAGGACGCUCGAGACAUUCCUCACCUACCCCAUGCACCAGGUGCCUCGCUAUAUCAUCACCCUCCACGAGCUCCUAGCUCACACCCCUCACAAUCACGUAGAAAGGAAAUCCCUCGAGAACGCUAGGGCGAAACUCGAAGAACUCUCCAGGCAAAUGCACGACGAAGUGAGCGAGACGGAGAACAUCCGCAAGAACUUAGCAACGGAGCGGAUGAUCGCCGGCGGCUGCGACAUACUCCUCGACGUCAAUCAAGUCUUCGUCAGACAAGGAAGCGUCAUCCAGGUACUGGGCGGCGAGAAAUCCAAGCUGCAACGGGCCAGGAUGGGCAAACGGGAAACCGAGGUGAUACGCCAGUGCUACCUCUUCACCAAUCACAUGUUGCUCUGCACGAGAUCAACCAAUGGAAAACUUCACCUGAUCGAGGGCAUCGGCAAGAUCCCGCUCUCGGACGCCACCCUCAUCGAGGACGUCACCGAACCCUUCCAGUUCACUGUCGACGACUGCGGUGAGUCUCUCUCUCUCUCUCUCUUUCUUUAUCUCUGCUCCCGUGUCGCAACAUGUUCAGGUUCUUCGGGAUUCAGCGAGGCGAGCGGCGCGACCUCUAGCGGCAGCGGUGGCAAGGACUAUGGCGGACUCGAUUUCAAGAUCGUGGUCGACUUCAAGAGCGGGAGCCAGGCCACCGUGCACCUGGUAGCCCCCAGCAUGCAAGAGAAGGCAGCCUGGACCAGCGACAUUAGCCAGUGCAUAGACAAUGUUCACUUCAAUGACCUCUUCCACGGCACCAUGAGUGACUCAUCAUCUGUGACCAUGCCUCACUCCAUACGGAAUGAUCCAAGAUUGUUCAAGGAUGAUGUAGACAUUCGUUUCAGUCGAACUCUCAAUUCCUGCAAAUUGCCACAAAUCCGGUACGCGAGCCCGGAGCGACUGUUCGAGCGGCUGACCGACCUGCGGUUCCUGAGUAUUGACUUCCUGAACACGUUCCUGCUCACUUAUCGGGUGUUCACGGACGGAGUCACGGUCCUCGAGGCACUCAAGCGAGUGCACUACGCACCCGAGGGGCAGACGCCGCCCCCAGACUCAGGGCCUCAGGAGGUGAUCGAGCCCGUGCCCAGCGACUUGGGCUACGUGGUUGCCGACUACGACUAUUCUCGGCGCAUCAGCACCGUCUCCACCCUCUCUACGGACGGGGGUGGCAUCGACCCCUCCUCCCCCCUUGCGCACAUCCAGCAGGCGCAGCAGAUUCUGGCUGCGCGCAGCCAGCAACACUGGAGGCUCAGCCACAGAAAAUGUAAGCACAACUUAGGAUCGAGUAAGCACGCCCUUUCUUCCCUCUCUCCGUUGUCUGCAUGCUCCGUCUUCUUGUCCGUACCUCCGUCUUCUUGUCCAUUCUUCCGUCUUCUUGUCCAUUCUUCCGCCUUCUUGCCCUUUCUUCCGUCUUCUUGCCCUUUCUUCCGUCUUCUUGCCCUUUCUUCCGUCUUCUUGUCCAUUCUUCCGUCUUCUUGUCCAUUCUUCCGUCUUCUUGUCCAUUCUUCCGCCUUCUUGCCCUUUCUUCCGUUUUCUUGCCCUUUCUUCCGUCCUCUUGCCCUUUCUUCCGUCUUCUUGUCCAUUCUUCCGUCUUCUUGUCCAUUCUUCCGUCUUCUUGUCCAUUCUUCCGCCUUCUUACCCUUUCUUCCGUUUUCUUGCCCUUUCUUCCGUCCUCUUGCCCUUUCUUCCGUCUUCUUGUCCAUUCUUCCGUCUUCUUGUCCAUUCUUCCGCCUUCUUGCCCUUUCUUCCGUCUUCUUGCCCUUUCUUUCGUCUUCUUGCCCUUUCUUCCUCGAGGAGGAGCAGAUGCGCGAGCAGGCGAUGCGCCGGAUGCGGGACCACCUGCCCAAGUCGCCGAGCCCGGAGCCCCUGCCCGUGCCACCUCCACCCACCCCGGAGCCCGCCACCGUGCCGGAGGAACCCCCCUUCAUCCCCAUCACGCAGCCGUCGCCAGAGCUCAAGAGGUCCGAGAAAGCAGCUCUGGAGAUGACGAGCUCUUUGCCGGACGAUCCGGGAAAACUGUCCAUCCCUGGAGCCACGAAGGUGGCGCCCUCUCGUUCCGCCGACACUCUUUCCAGCAACCCCUCCACGCCCACCAACCUGUCCACCACCGCCUCCACCGUCACCCUGGUGGGCAGCCUUGGAAGUUCGGAUUCGCCCAAGCCUAGCCCGAGCAGGAAAACUGCUCCGCAGCAAUUGCCCCUCACUGCACCAACGGAGCAGCUGAUGGCGCCGAUUGCUGUGCCAGACGAGACCCCGCCCCAGACUCCGCCCUCCGAGGACACGCCUGUCACGCCCCCAACCCCGCCCUUCGCCGGCGUGGAGCCGAGGAUCUUGUCCGAGAAGCAGCAGCAAGAGCUUCAGCAGCAGGCUGCAGCGAUCCUGCAGAGGCAGAUGAAGCAGCAACCGCAGCAGCAGCAGCAACAACAGGCGGCAGGUGUCAUGUCCGCGCCUAUGCAUCCUAGUCAAUCUGUGCCAAACGUCAUGAAUUACCUGAAAGUCCGCGGAGCGGGCAGCAAGCGGGGCAGCAGUGACACGGAGGGGAGCACGAGCCAGUCGACGACUCCGCGGAGCAGCAUCCAGACGGAGUCGACAUUCAUCUCGACUCCGCGGAGCAGCAUCCUCUACCCGGACUCGCCCCAGCACAGCAGUAAAGCCGGAGUGGUGGUCACCUCGUCCAGGGCCUCUACGAGACGGUCGAGCACCGCAUCAGCUGCGGCCGCGUUCGCAGUGGCGACUGCGGGGUCGAGCAACCCUCCGGAACCUCUAGUGUCACAGCCGCAAUCCAGGGCCGGGAGCAGGCUGCCCAGCGCUGUGGGGGCCGAUCUCAAAAUCCCCAAUGCCAAACAGAAACGCGAGUCCAUGAUAACGACCGCCGCCACAAUGAGGGUGCUGAACGUACUGCGUCACUGGGUCUCCAAACACUCACAGGACUUCGACAACGACCCGAAGCUCUUGCAGCUGACGACGGACUUCCUGGAGGAACUGGUCCACAACAACACGCUUCUUCCCGCGGAGACGAAGGCCGCCUCCCAACUCUUGCAGAUGAUCUCCAAGCAGGACGACGAGAAGAUGCUCGUCGACCUCGACCUCCUGCUGGCCACGCCCAUGACGGCGAGCAAGGAGAAUAUAGAAACCCUCUCAGCCCUGGAAAUCGCCGAAGGGAUGACUUACUUGGAUCACAAGAUAUUCAUCUCCAUCAGGAGCGAAGAAUUCCUGGGACAGGCAUGGAUGAAACCAGAAAAAGCGACCAAAGCGCCAAAUAUUUUACUUAUGACUCGCAGGUUCAACGAUGUGAGCAGGCUGGUGGUGUCCGAGAUCAUGCGUGCCACCAUGAUGUCCGUGCGGGUGUCCAUCAUCGAAAAGUGGGCGGCCGUGGCGGACAUCUGCCGCUGUCUGCACAACUUCAACGGUGUCCUCCAGAUCUGCGCCGCCUUUAUGAACAGCUCCGUCUUCAGGCUGAAGAAGACCUGGGAGAAGGUCUCAAAGACGACAAAACAGAGUAUCGACAAGCUCCAGGCCCUCGUCUCCGCUGACGGGAGGUUUAGGAACAUGAGAGACGCUCUCCACAGGUGUGACCCACCCUGCAUCCCGUACUUAGGCAUGUACCUGACGGAUCUAUCGUUCAUCGAGGAAGGCACGCCCAACUUCACGGACGAGGGACUACUCAACUUUUCCAAGAUGAGGAUGAUUGCUCACGUGAUUCGAGAAAUCCGACAUUUUCAACAGACGCCCUACAAAAUAGAGAUGAGUCCAAAGGUAACAAACUACCUGCUGGAUCCGAGUCGUCUGAUGCCAGACGAGGAACUCUACCAGCUCUCGCUCUGCCUGGAACCCAGGCUCUCGAGACUGAGCACCAAGAUCACGACGCCGGGCGCAGGAUUCAUGGGCUUCUCGUCAACGUCAUCGUCUGCCACGGGGGGCCAGGGAUCGUGA